UUUGUUUAAAAAAAAAAAAAAACACCAAGUAAUAACACUAUAAUUAUUAUAAACCGUUUUUGGCUGCGACAAGAUAGGUACGACGACACAAUAGACAUAAUAUAAUAAGACAACAAUAAAUUAGUAGUAUGACAUUAUCGGCGUAUAAAUAAUUCAAUAUAAUAUUUUCUACAACCCAUCUGUCUGCUGUUGAUUUUCAAUAAAAAAAAAAAAAAGAAAAGUGAUAGCCCACAUACAAUAUUAAUGCGCCAUUCGUUUGUCGUAGGCUCGUUUUGUUUACCCGCAUCUUUUUUUUCCCCUUUCAAUUAGUAUUUUAAACGUUCUCAAAUGCUUUGCUGUUAAUUGUUUCAACAUCAACACCUUGACGACACCGUCGCCCAUUGCCUGUUGCUUUCUCUGCGCUCACAAUGAUGGACCAAGCGGAAGAAAGAAAGUGGCCGGAACCGAGCCCGGCUCUGGGCAGUAUACAAGGGACGGACGACAAAGACGAUGCCGACGACGUGCAAUUCGUCGGCCAAGACAAAAGAUUCAGAAUCACCCUGGAACCGGUCAUGUUUUUCAUCAACCUCGGAUCCAACCUCAGCACGCUGGUACAAACGAAUUUGUUUGAAGAACGAAUGUGUCUUCACAGUUCGCUCGCAAACAAUGCGACCGUGGACUGUUACAAUAUGUCACCGUCGGAACAAGCAAUCAUACAGCCCAUGGUCGCCGAUUUGCUAGUCGUCAAGAACUACAUAGAAACACUGUUGCCCAGUAUGAUGAUGUUGUUUUUGGGACCGUGGAGCGACGUAAACGGUCGUUUGCCACUGCUGAUCUCGGCUAUUUCCGGUAUAAUAUUGUCCAAUUGUUUGCUGUGUGUGUUUUCGACCGUACCUAGUAUUCCGCCUUGGAUGUUUUUGAUUUGCAGUCUGCCCUUGGCUUUGAGCGGCGGUAGCGGUGCGUUGUUCAUAGGGUCGUUUUGUUAUUUAGUCGACAUAACCGAUGUGAAGUCCAGAGCUUUCAGGUUAGGAUUUUUGCAAUCGUUUAUAUCGAUCGGAUCAAUUAUCGGCUCGAUUGCGAGUCCGUACAUGUAUAAACAGUCGAGUACGACUACUUUUGCCGUGGCCACUUUUUUGUUCAUAAUAGCGCUGUUGUACACUUACGUUUUCCUGAAAGAAACUGUCGUCAUCAAAGAGAACUCAAGUAGUAAACUGUUAGACUUGAACUUGGUGAAAGACAUGUUCCAAACCGUGAUCAAACCGCGUGCUGGAUAUUUGCGAUGCAUAAUCAUAGUUUCAGCGAUCGUUUUAACGCUUAAUUUAGCUAUUUUGAUAGGUGAAGAGUCGUUGUUUUAUAUGUACAUGCAAAGACAAUUUUCUUGGACGUUAGAAAACUACACUCUGUUUGCGGCAUAUUCAACGUUGCUGGGCGCGACUAUUCCUGCAUUCGGGUUGUACUAUUUCAGCACCAAACUCAGAAUCCCGGACAUGUAUCUGGCCACUGCGGCCACGGGACUUCGGGUCAUAGAGAAGGUCGGCUUGGUGAACGCCAGACAAUGGUACGAAUUCUACAUCAUCAGAAUAUUCGGAUGCUUUAUGUUCACCAGCGAGCCGUUGGUACGAUCACAGCUGUCCAAGAGUUUUCCCGCCGAAGACUUAGGUAAAAUUUUCACCUUUAUCGGAGCGUUGGAGGGAUUCGGAUCGUUGUUAGGAUCGCCAAUGUACACCACAGCGUAUAACGCGACGAUCCAAACGUUUCCAAAUUUCAUAUUCCUCUUGUCGUCCAUUCUCAGCUCAUUCGCAUUGAUAAUAUUUUUACUGCUCAUAUUUUUACUAGCGAGAAGUAUUCAAUCGUCGUACAACCAGGACAGGUCGCUGAUCGAAGAUUAAAACUGAAUCAUAGGUUAUUUUUAAUCAAACACCAAUCAAUACAUAUUAUUAUCUUUUUUCAUUUUAAUUAAAUUUAUUUUUUAUUAUAAUAAGAUGUUACCAUCAUACUCUGUAAGUACACUAUCGCUCUCUCUCUUUCUUAUCAAGUACAAUUUAACAUAAUAUACCAUUAUUUAUGGUUUAUACUACCAAACAUUUUUAUUGACAAAACUCUAACUGUGAUGAUUUUCUAAUAUUAUGCAUUAACUUGAUGUGAUAUAACAUGUUUUAUAUUUUUUCUUGUUACAUUUUAUACAAAUUGUUGAAUUAUAACUAAAAUUAAAUAUUAUAUUCAAAAUUGUAUAUUUCUACUGGAACAAAAAAAUAUACUCUAUUUUUUUUCUUUCUAGAA